GUUUAAAGGAUAAAAACAAAUGAAUUGUAAAUGUUGAACUUCUGCUAGCAGUAGUUUUAUUGUUCAUCACCACCAGAGGUCACUAGAGUCACUCCACAGGUAAAACGUUUCCAUGUUUUUAUGAGCCUCAAGAGAUGUGCGUGCUUACUUUUAGGCAACUUAAUAAUAAAUUUAAUCUCGUUCAAACAUAAGUAAAGGAAAAUGUUUACUAAAACUUAAUUUUCACUUUAUGAUCAAGGAGUUAGGAAUAUUAAAGAUGGAAAUUAGAGGAGACUAAAUGGGCUAAUUAAAACUGUUAAAGUUGGAAAAAAUUAGCUUUAGGUGUGUUUAUAAAAUUUAGGCUGCUUCUCAUAACAUUAGGUAAGUUUUUAGAAAGGACAAUUCUACCAAAGUAGUCAUUGUGUGGCAGAACAGUAAAUAACUUACAUUUUGAUAAAGUGCCAUGUUGGUGCUCUUUUAUUUUUAUUUUUAUUUUUUAGCUCAUUCAUUUUUGAAAUGUUUAGAAUCAGUUUCUAUGCAAUUUGCUUGACCUUGAUUCAUUUUUAUCAACUUAAAAACGUGUGCUGUGUGUAAAAAAAAAAAGUUACAUUUAAAUUUUAUAUUAAGUUAUAUUUAUUUAAUUUCCCUUUGGGAUCAACAAAGUGUUUUUCAAUUUGAAUUUAGAAUUUAUGUCAAUAGGCUAUUGAUAACUCUUUUGCAGUUGCUAUGACAACAUGCCAGGGAAAGGGAUUUUUGUGUGUAGGUUAUUUGGUUGCCUGAUUUGCAUAUUUUGUGGGGAGCUUGUCUGUGCAACCUUUUUUGUUUACUUGAGUGUGGUUGUGUGCUAGCUUAUUAGUUGUGUGCUAGCUUGUCAGCUAGCACACAACUUUGCUAUUUGUUAUGCGUGUAAUUGUUCUGCAUCUUUAUUCAACAACAGGUUUCAACAAAGAUUGAGAUUUGGGCUGGUUUUGAUCAAGUUUGGAUGUAUUUUACAUUUUUUGGGCUACUUUUCAGAUCUGGCAACCCUGACUGAGGGAGCAACACUCAGUUUAUCUAGAUAUAGAAAGAGUGACACUUUAAACAGAUACUAUGAAUCUAAGCUAAGUAAAUAAAUAAAAGUUUGAUGCCAGAAAAGAAAAGUAGAAAUAGUGGAAAAAAAGGUCAAAUGACAUACGUUAAUUUUGUCCAAACAGGUCCUUGAGAAAUACCAUUUAGGAACGGCAACUUCAUCUGGCCAUAAAUAGAAAGUCAUAAGACUUUUGGUAACUGAUUGGGUAGGGGGUGGAGUCACUAGUUACAGUAACCUGACCCUCCAUUCAUAAGAAAAAAAGUUAUGGAAAAUGGCUAAGAGAUUUGGAAUGCUAGCCAUGCUAACCACUCUGCUACAAUAUGCUAAUGCUUGAUUUCAAAUACCAACUCUGUCAUUCAUUAGUUAAUUUGAUUCUGUAAUUCUCUAUUUCUGAUUGAUUUAGACCACAAAAUAGGCCUAUUGUGUGUCUGUCGUUAAACUACAGGGAGAUGUCCAGUGUUGGAGAGUUUAUUUUUUUCCUCAAAUAGGGGGAAAUGUUUUUGGUACACUAUUGAGAAAUUAGGCCACAUUUGUGACCAAAUUGUUCACACAUAAGAGCUCUGAAUAAUGUAAAAUUAGCAUCAUAUUUGUCAAAUAUGCAUUCUUUUCCAUUAGUUUAUUUCAUCUGCAAAACAUGUGAAAUACUAGAUGAAGGGGGAAAACCCUUCAAAAGUUCCAACAUGGUCAAUAUAAAAAGCAUGUCAGCUGGUGGGCCCAACCGGAAGUGGGCCCACCAAUAACAUUCUUCUUGAGGCCUCUUACAAACUUGGGUCGGCCCUGUGUAAUAUAUAAAAGUGUGACACUUUCGUUCCUCUGUUUGUCGGUUUAACUUGAAGACUGCAAAAGGAUUCCAGCUAUGUGACUCAUGCUUGCAGUACACACGCCACUGCUAAUGUACAGCACAACAAUAAAACGCUGCUUUCAGUGGAAAUCGGAGGAGAGACUCCCAGAAACCGCCAGCUCGACUGUGUUGCAGCUCCCUCUGCUUCCUCUCUCCUUCUCCUGGCCGUGUUGCUGCUCCCUCCGCUCCUCCUGCUCCCUCUCUCCAUCUCCGUGUGUUUAAAGGAGUUGAGCUCAUGCACAGUCGCCCCCUUCUCAGCUGAACAGAGGCUGCGAUGCAUAAUUCACUUCCAGCCCGGGGACGCCACAGACUCGCCCCUACAGUAGAGCCGAGCCUCCGGAGCUGCAGCCGCUGCGCAGCCCGCGGACCUAGGCGCUGAGGCGGCCGCGUCCAGCUCGCUGCUCCAGCACGGAUGGAGAUUCAACCUUGGAGGAGGGCGAGCGCCGCGCGUGAUCCAGGUACCGCAUGACUUCCUGCGACACGAACAGAAGAAGGACGAUGCUGAUCUGCAGUGUAAACAUUGCCAUGCCCUGCCUCAUGCAGCACCUCCUCCGACUCUGUGUCUGCUGCGCCGCCAGCCCAGGACACUGGGUUCUGUUUUAGGGGAUCGCCGCUCUCGGAGUUAAAUAUUUUUGGAGUUGUGUUCGGGAUAGGGAGGCCACACUCUGCUCUGUAGCCUACUUUAGUGAUCGGACACCCUGACUUUGUUGGGGUCAUGUUGAGCGGCCAUGCUGCAGGCAGCAUCCUGCGAUCUGUUCCCAACCUGAGCUGAACUGAUGUCUGAAACAGGAAACUACAACCUUUGCUGUGAUACUGGUGAUGUUUCUUCAGCUCUGCAGCUACUUCACUGUACAAACAUCAGCUCCUCUGGCUUUACAAGGAUGUGAUCAGCUGCAGACCUGGUCUAAAUGAUCUAAAUGUGCAGAACAUUUCUGAUAUUAAUCAAACUGCUUGGUGGGACCAGUGUCCUUAUUAUCACAGUUCAUACUGAGGCAGCUCCAUGGGGGCCAAGCAGAGCAAAGGCCAGGAGCCCGGUGGGGCCAGUCCUCAGCACAGCUGGAAACGGACUCCCACCAAGGAGAAGGGGGACAUUUUGGCCUCCCUGAUGCUGAAGUCUGGAGACCGACUGAACCGAGCGGGGACGCCGCCGCCGCCAUACCAGCGCCGGAUUGGGAUGAUCCAGGAGAUGAUGAUGAUGGCCAAGCAGGGCAAGCAGGACGAAGCCACAGAGAUGCUGAAGACGCUCAGACAGGAUCUGGGAAUGGAGUCAACGUCUUUGGAUGACGUUCUGUAUCGCUACGCCAGCUUCAGAAACCUGGUCGACCCCAUCACACACGACCUGAUCAUCAGCCUCGCCCGAUACGUCCACUGCCCCAAGACGGAAGGAGACUCUCUCGGGGCGAUGGAGAAGGUUUGUCGUCAGCUGACGUACCAUCUCAGCCCCCACUCCCAGUGGAGAAGACAGGGACUGCUCAAGAGGAAGCCUCAGGCCUGCCUAAAGGUGGUGCUGUCAGCCCCGUUGUCCAGCGGCGCCCUGGAUCUGUCUGGCAUCCCUCUAACGACUCGCGACAUGGAGCGUCUGUCUGCACACCUGCAGCGUCACGCGUCCAACGUGGUCAGCUUGGAGCUGGGCUUCACCGAGCUGACUGACGAGGCUUUCCUCCAGCUCCUCCCCACGCUGGCUGCUCUGCCGCACUUGGAGACCCUGGCUCUGAACGGAAACAGACUGACCAGAGCUAUUCUGAAGGAGCUCACUGAUGCCCUGAAGGAUCCAAGCAGUUUUCCAAGUGUGACAUGGAUUGAUUUGGGGAACAACGUGGACAUCUUCUCCUUGCCUCAGCCCUUCCUGGUCAGCCUGAGGAAGCGCUGCCCCAAGCAGGGCAACCUGCCCACCAUCCUGGAGUUUGGCGAGAGUCAGGCCAGCGACCCUCCCGAAAGGCCAAGGGGUCUCGGAGAGGAGGAGGAGACGGAUGAUACCAACCUGACUGAGAGCAUGGGCGAGCUCCGAUCGGAGGUGGAGGAGGAGAUGGACGGAGAGACGGAGAUUGAGGAGAUGAUGGAAGAGCUGUUGGACUUCGACAGGGAGAUUCAGGGCAAAGACGACGAGGAGGACAGCAUGUGGACGCUGGGGGAGCAGCGGAGAGCGACAGUGAGGAGCAGGAGAGCUUGGCGAGAGGAGGAAGAGAAGGAGAAGGAAAAAGAGAAGGAGGACCAGAGGAGAGACAUAAGACCCGGGAGGAGGGCGGUGAUGGCGGAGGACGAGGACGACACACAGAGCCGUUCAUCCCGCCUGUCCUUCUCCAGCCAGUCUCAACACUCCUUUGCUGUAGUUGAGCCAAUGAGAGUGGAGGAGGAGGACAUGACGGACCAAUCAGAACAUUUAACCUGAGUGUUGCUCCCAGAUUUGCUUGUGUUUUCCUUCUUGUGUCCCGUCCUGUGUGGACAGAGGCAAUGGGAGUACAGGCUGCAGCGUUGCAUGCGGUCCUCAUGAACAAGCCCCCGCUGAUGAUUUAUGACCAACCGAUCUGAUACGCCUGAGGAUGCACAGAAUAGACUGAUGAGGCUCAAUGCAGAAUGUUGAUCUUUAAUCAGGUCCUUCCUUGUUUUAAUCGUGCUAAUACCUACAUGUGCCUGUAGCACCUCUGUUUGCUGGUUCAAAAUGAGAUGAAACCAAGUUGGAGAACUUUUCCCUCCCACAACCAGCACUGGCAGGAUCAGAAGACGAGCAGAAAUCAAAAGUUAAGCCAUCGGUGUAAAUCUGCUGCUGCAAGUCGAACCAAACAGGUGCGCAGUGUUUCACAGGCGGAGAGCAAAGCAGUCGCCAUGAAGAAGUUAAAAAAGAAAACUUGCUAUUUUAGACUAAAUGUGUACAGAGGAUAGAUGUGCUAGGACCGGCCAUGUCUCUAAACAUGAAACAUUUAGAAGUAUUUUUCCUCAUAAUCUAGGUCAUGCUUUUACUCCAUGGUUCAGUACGCGAGCAUGCGUCACAUGCUUACAGCGCUGUGUUUAUAUAUAGCCCCCACCACCCCUAUGGUUGCACUCAGGUAGCAGUAUGUAGCUUUCACCCAGCUGUGCUUUCCCUCCUCGCGUAACAUCAUGCAGAACUUUAACAGAUCAACUGUAUUUUUGGUUGUACUAUAAAUAUCAAAAUAUAUAUAAGAUGUUUGAGGAGAUACCGUGUAGCUUAGCUCUGAGGUUCUGACAACCAAGAGCUCAUAUUUAGUAUUAUUGGAGUCUGGAGCAGCAAUAUUUGUGAGCUAAACUAGUCUAUUAGAUAUUUUAUAAGGGAACAAGUUGUAUUGUUGCAAAGAGACAGACCUAGACAUGUAGAGAAAUAUAUGAGAAUUAAAACGUAGCUUCAUCCAAAUGCAGUAAAUAUGUAUAAAGUCAGAUGUUGCCUUGUUCACAGGUGGAGCUGAACAACCAGGUAAUCAUGUAAGGAAGUCAUCUUUCCAGUUUGACUUAAAAAGUUAGUUUGCCUCUUUUAAAAUUCACACAAACAUUUGGUACAUACGCAUCACCAUUUCGUCCCUUCCUACUUCGUAUCCAUGUACUAAACCAUGAUGUAGGAGUUUGUUUUCCAUUGCGCAAUAAUUGGAAUCAGUGGUUCCAGAAAUGCUCAAAUGGUGAAUAUAAUUUAAUCCAGUUCUAUAUUAUUAUCUGAAAACUGUAUUUCACUCUAUUUAAGGCUUUUGACUCUUAUCAAAUAGGACAAAUUAUGACCCCCAAGCCUUCUACAAUAACUCCAAGCAAUCUUCCUAUUUUAUUAUUGAAAUGUUUGUUGAUUUUUAAAGAGCUUUUGAAAGAAACAACAUAAGAUAUAACUAACAUCACAGACUAAACAAAACAGCAUGUACACACCUUUCAUAACAAAAUAUGAAUACAUUUGCAUCCCAUAAAGACUAAACCUUGUUUAUUAAAAACAAAAAUACAGUCUGGCAUGUAUGAGACCUGUCAAUCAUGACAUUUGGCAGUCAACAAUUCAAAAGAUGCAAACUCAGUCAGUUUUUAUCAAGUCUACUUUCACUUUUCCAUUUUCAAAGGAUUCCCCUAGCAGCUGCAAUGAAACUAGUUAAUGUUAGAGCAAAUGCAUGUUUAGAAACAUUUGGCAAUCAUGACCUGUCUUCUAAAAGGCAAAGCUAAUAUCUGUCCAACAUCCUCCAGUAGAUUGUGUCUCCUUAUAUUAGAUGACAAGAAUGGAGAAUAACUUCCAUCAGUUGUUAAAGCCAAUAGGAAACAUUCUUUAGUGAGUAUUAAUUGACAAAUAGUCGGUACAAAACAUGCUGAAAAUCUUAUCAAAGAGUGGGUUAUGCAGCGAUCCAAGCUGCAAAGAUACAAAACACUAAAGGGACAACAAACAUAGAGAAACAAAUGUAUCGCAUUUAUUCGUUUUCAAACAGACUAUAAAGGGAAGAUCAAUGAACACUUGGGAGUCAGGAAGUCUGUGCUACAAAGUGAACUGUGAAGCCUGAACAGAAAGUUUUUGUGCAGCUUUAAACAUUAGCUUUGAAUCUGGUAUUAACUGAAACAUCAGAGAAAACGAGAACCUAGAGAGAAAUAUUUCAUUUGUAGCCAGUACCUCUUAUGUCUUGUAAGCUUAAAGGUUCUGUUAGCAUAUAACUUUCUGCUAGUGAAUGAAGCUAACGGCUAGUCCAAGAAGGGCCGGCUUAAAACUGCUAAAGUUUUAAAAACAUCAUAGUGAUUUACACAAACACUGUUUUAUGAACCUUUGAAGGUAGAUAUUUUCAUGGCCUCACUUUUUGUUUAUUUAGAUGAAAAACGAAACUCAUACUUACGACUCAGCAUGCAGAAACUUUUGCUGUUUGCACCACUUUCCUCUUACAUCAGGCAGUUAUACUGACCUGGAAUCCUUUCCAUAUUCCUUUCUCAUUGCAUGUUUCUCUCAGGAGAAUCACUGUUGACAUUCAGCCUCCAACCUCCAUUUUCUGUGUGAAUAACCAUUGGCUCCUCUGUAAAUAACCAUCCAAAGUAAAUAUCUUAACUGUUUAAAGGUUUAUUAAAUAACAUUUUCAUGAACCUCUAAAGGGGUUUAAGAUAUUAAAUUUGUUUUAAGAUGUUCGAAAUCAGUUUUGAUCUUGGCCCUUCUCAGAUUAGCCAUUAACUUUAGCCUGUGGAACCGUCCAAGCUAGAUGCUAAACGACGAGACCAAGCCUUAAUUAUAAUACUGAUGAAACGGUAACAGCAAGCAGUAAAAAAAUAAUUUUUAACUGUCUGUGUUGUUGUUUCUGUGCAGAAAUGCAAGAAAUAGAAAAGUAAGUUCUUGAAAAAGAUCUAAUUAUUUUUAGUAGAGAAUCCUCUCACUGAAAUUACAUUUAAAAAAUCUGUUUCUUCAGAAGUACUUUUUAUCUACAAACUGAAAAUAAUGACACUCAGGUUUUCAAAAGUAAAGUUUUUUUUGGCUAACUAUCUCGCUAAACACAGAAAAAACUUAAGGAGCACCAAGUUUAUCCUUGGAUGUAAAACUAAAAUCAUAAACCUGAGUCUGCAAAGAUUUAUUUGAGAGCUGUGUAUAUUUUUGGCUCCUGAUAAGACAGCUUUUAGGUCAUGUUCAACACUAAGAAAUGUAAAGAAAUGCCAUGUGGGUACCCUAAGAACAAAUGCUUUGUGGUUAUCCCUAUGAGUUAAAGAAUUUCAGUACAUUUCUCCUUAUAUGUUAGUGAAAAAUUAAGACUAACAAAGACAACAACUGGGAUUAAGACAGUCUGCAGAAUAUUUUCUUGUUAAGUUAAAUAUUUAUUUUUGACUAACAAACUAAUACUGCUGUUUGAAGUAAAUCAUUUUUGAAGCAG